CAGUUUUCGCAAAACGGUGAACAAAUAUGGAUCUCCAGACUUGAGGCGAUUCCACACAUAGGCUAAGUUCAUUGAAGUGCUCAUAUUUUCACUUUCAUAUCAUUGUCAUCAUGGGGCAGCGACUCAACUCCAGGACUAAGUAUUAUGUCUGAUAAAAAAAAUGGGGUGCCUAAGAUGCCCCUUUUGAAAGUGGAUCAGUUUUGGUCUAGAAAGUGGUAAUUGUCAAACAAAAUAGGACAAUUUGUUGUUCCAAAAGUCUUUUAGUUUACCUGAUUCAAUUGCUGCAAGCAAUUAUUUUCCCCCGAUCACUUGAAAUUAAACCUUAAAAUUGAGUCAGUGAUACAUAUUUGCAUAUAGAAGGAAUUUUCAGAUAUGAUUUCUUGCCAAUGAAAACUUUAAAUCAUCACAAUUCAAUAUGAUGCAGGUUGUCUUCAAACAGAUGCGCUGCCUUAUAUUAAUUAUCUGAUGGCUUGCGAUGACGUUAAAGAGCCUUUGCUUUCAGGAUCCGUAGAUCCUUCCCAUCAAUUCAAUGAAAAAAAAGCCCUCAAGAGAAGAAGAUAUGCCCGUAAUAGCAGCAUUCCUUCAAUGAAAAUUGAUCUCCCAGAACAAAAUGGUGUUGAAUUGCUACCAAAUCCCGACCUAAUUUCUUCAAAAGGACUACUUAAUUUUAGACUUAUAUUCAUAUACUUUAGUAUCUACAUAGGUGUAGGCACACUAUGCUUCUUCCUCAUGGGUAAUCAGAUCAAGGGUAAGAAAACAAAUGGGAUUCUUGAUGCCAUAUAUUUCUGUGUUGUGACAAUGACCACCGUUGGAUAUGGAGACCUUGUGCCCAAUAGCGUAUUGACCAAACUACUUGCUUGCAUUUUUGUAUUCACCGGUAUGGGACUUGUUGGCUUUGUUCUUAGUAAGGCCGCAGACUACAUUGUAGAGAAAGAGGAAAUCCUUUUGGUUAAAGCCUUGUACAUGCAUGAAAAGAUCGGUUCAGCUGAGAUUAUUAAAGAGGUUGAAAGCAACAAAGCCCGAUACAAAUUUCUGACCACAGUGACCCUUCUUUUGGUGCUUGUAAUUGUUGGAACCAUGUUUUUAUAUCAAGUUGAGGAAUUGGACUUCAUCAAUGCAUUCUAUUGUGUUUGUGCGACCAUCACGACUUUGGGAUAUGGGGAUGAGAGCUUUUCGACUGAAGGGGGACGUUUAUUUGCUGUUUUCUGGAUACUGAUCAGUACCAUUUGUUUAGCCCAAUUAUUUCUUUAUCUUGCUGAAAUAUACACUGAAAACAGACAGAGAUUACACGUCAAGUGGGCUCUUACACGCAAGUUAACAACCUCGGAUCUUGAGGCUGCAGAUCUUGACAAUGAUAAAGUUGUCAGUGCUGCAGAGUUCAUUGUGUAUAAGCUGAAAGAAAUGGGGAAGAUAAGUGAGGAAGAUAUCUCAGUUGUGAUGGAGGGUUUUAAAAAUCUUGAUGUUGAUCAGUCAGGAACAUUGACUGCAGCUGAUCUGCUGCUCUUGGAAUCAUCUCAACCACAAAGCUGACAGAAGCUAUAUUUGACAGGUCAUUGACUCAAAUUUUUCUUGAUCGACACAAUUAGAAGUAGAAUAUACUCAUCAAAAUAUAGGGGAAAAUAUCUUUCUGCUUAGAAAAACAAGAAAAGACUGAAUGAAAUCUUUCAGAUGAUGCAGUCAUACCAUUCUAUCUUAUUUGUAUAUACUAGUUUGGCCAUAUAUAAAUAAGGCCAAAAACAGUUGCAGAGUCCCCAUUUCUUUUCCAUACUGCAAUUGAAAGCAAAGCUUAGUUGUACAUUUGAGCAUACAUUUUGACUACGAAUUCACAAAUA